AUGCGGUCUCACUUACGGGAGUUCGAGCCGUUGUAUCGAGUUGAUGGAGAAUGUCCACAUGAGCGGCUUUUCCAAAUUGUCGCUGCUUUUGUGCACCAUGGUGGUGCUGGCACCACUUCCUGUGGCUUUAAAAAUGGUGUGCCAACGGCUAUCGUGCCCUUCUUUGGAGACCAGCCAUUCUGGGUCCAUAUGAUUGCGAGAUCUGGUGCUGUCCCUAGUCCACUAGCACAUGCUACUCUCACCCUGAGAAAGCUAGCACACGCUAUUCAGUUCUGUCGGACGCCUGAAGCAAAGGUUGCCGCCCUUGAAAUUGCACAGAAGAUGCAGACAGAGAUCGGUGUCGUGUCCGCCGUGGACUCUUUCUAUACUAACCUCCCACUGAAAAAAAAAAUGAAAUGCAAGGUGCUUCCUGACCAGGUCGCAGGCUUGGUGUAUAAGAAACGGAAGAGAAGGUUCCAGUUGUCAAAGGUCGCAGCUCAGGCCUUGAUUGAGAGCAGGACAAUAGAGGAGAGUCACAUUCAAAGUGCCAGGCCGAAGAUCACCAUCAUCACACUCAAGAGCGCCGCUUCCCUGGGAAGAUCCGAGCUUUUCAUGCCUCGAUUAUACGCAGAGCAGCCUAAGGCGUACGAAGCCAUAAAAUACUGGAAAACUGGAGCCGUUUACGGUGGAAGGAAUUUUGUCGACGGUAUGGCUGACGGCUUUACCGGCCUCUUCACCCAGCCUAUCAAGGGAGCCCAAGAGCGGGGUGUAGUUGGAGCAGCUAAGGGGUUCGUGAAAGGCACACUUGGAUUGGCAACAAAGGUACCCUCAGCUGGUCUAGGACUGGUCGCUUAUCCAUUCCAUGGAAUAACCAAGAGUAUCGAGUCUGCCCUGGAUGCAAAGAAUCGGAAGAAUAUUUUUUCUGCACGAUUGAAAGAAGGGGAGUACCAGACAGAAACCAUGCAUUUGACUUACGAGGAUAAGUGCAUGAUCAUCGAAGGAUUUGAAAGGGUCCUCCGCGCCGAAGACUUAUCCCCAUAG